UUGGUCGAGAUGGCACAGUUUGUUCUCUCCCUAGUCUGCUUGGCCUUAUUGUGGGCCCAGAGCCUGACAGACAAUGUUCCCACGCCGGGCAUCACGGAAUUCUCACCUAAACCAAGUGGUGAUAAAGCAACAUCGAAGUGCUCGAGUUACCCAUGCCCGGCCGGCAGCUUGAUCUUUGAGGACACUUUUGACACAUUCAACCUGGAUGUCUGGGAGCAUGAAAUCACGGCUGGUGGAGGCGGGAACUGGGAGUUUCAGUACUACACCAACAAUCGCUCCAACAGCUAUGUCAGGGACAAUAAGCUCUUUAUUAAACCGACGCUGACUUCUGACAGAUAUGGUGACGCUUUCAUCACGUCAGGAACUCUGAACCUUUGGGGUGCUGCGCCGGCCGACGUGUGCACAGGGAACGCUUGGUCCGGCUGCCAGCGAUCAGGUUCCUACAACCAUGCAAUCAAUCCCGUCCAGUCGGCCCGCAUCCGGACCGUCAACUCUUUCGCCUUUAAAUACGGCAAGUUGGAGGUGGUGGCCAAAAUGCCGACAGGGGAUUGGCUGUGGCCCGCUAUUUGGCUUCUUCCAAAGCGUAACUCUUACGGUGGCUGGCCAGCAUCAGGCGAAAUCGAUUUGGUCGAAAGCAAAGGAAAUCGGAACCUGUAUGACUGGCAAGGCAGGAAUGUGGGCGUCAACCAGGUGGGCUGUACCAUGCACUGGGGACCGUUUUGGCCCCUGAACGGCUGGUCUAGGACGCACGCUUCCAAAACUGUGUCCUCUUGGCAAAACUUUGGGAAAGACUUCCACAAAUACGAACUGGUAUGGACAUCCAGUGGACUAAAGUUCUAUGUGGACGGCGGGCUCCUUCUGAACGUAAACCCUGGCUACAACGGCUUCUGGGGAAUGGGCGAGUUUGGAAAGCACAACCCGGGCAUCACAAAUCCAUGGGCUGGCUCCAAGUCCAAGGUUGUACCCUUCGAUCAGGAAUUUUACAUCAUUCUCAAUGUGGCCGUGGGGGGCACCAACGGCUUCUUCUCUGAUUCUCUGAACAACACGCCGUACAAAAAGCCGUGGCACAACUCCUCUGGUACCGCCCUCUCGGAUUUCUGGCGUGCCAAGCACAAGUGGUACCCGACCUGGAACCCGCACGUCAACAACGGAGAAGACGCAGCCAUGCAGAUUAAAUCCAUUCGCGUGUGGGCUGUUUAGUUGAGAACCUUGGCGUCCUGACCAGUUCUUGUCUGAACUGUUGUGCGGAACGGUUCAUGCUAUCGUUCGGAUUUUAAGGACUUUUAGUCUUGAAAUGUUCUACUCGGAAUGACAAUGUUGCAUGUUUGUUUAAUAGCUGUUGACCGGUAAUGCCCUUUGACCCUUUAAUUUUAAUGAAUUGAACUUAUUGCGUUUCUGUUUAUGAAUCUGAACUAGUUUUAACUUUUUUCGUCAAACAAGUUUCACCCGUUGAAUAAGUGGCAAUAUUUCUUCUUUGUUUUAAUAGCUGUUUAGCUGUCUUGUUGGUUUUUUCUUUCAAUUUUGAUUGGUAUGGGGCUACGCUUUUCCGUUUUUAGGUUUGAUUUUUUUUCAUUUAAACAAAAUGUUGCCACUUGAUACACAGAUGCAGAGGAAAUACUGCAUGUAACCUAUUCUUGCAAUUCAGUUGUUAGUGAAAUAUGUCAAAGAGAGGCUACCCUCAUUAUGAUAUCCGAAAGGGCAUACAAACUGCAGGAGUAAAAUUGUUUGACUUGUGCCUACAGAAAUAAAUCAUACUUGCAAGUAUUUGUUUCAUUUUGCUGUAAUAUUUGCAGUGUCUUUUGAGUUUUUACAAAAAGAUGGAAUUCCUCUGAAAAUGCUCAGAUAUGCCAUGACAUCAAUAUUUAAUCUCUGUCAUAAAAGCCCUUUCAAAUAUACAACUACUCUAUUACAAAUGUAAAGCAUGGAGUUUAAAAUAUAUCAUAAAAGAAACAAAAACCACAAAAAAUUCGAUCACAAUUGGAUGAUGAAGAAUGGAUCCGUGACGUGAGCAUUCGUCAAAAGCAGAUCA